ACCUAAAACAGCACAAUAAGGUCUAAGUAUGCUCAGUGACUGACUUCAAGGUGGAGAGGGAUAAAAAACUGGGAGGAGGGAAACUGGAACGGUGUGUCCUGGGAAAGGGAUAGAAACCUGAAGUGGGGCAGGUCACUCCACAACAUUUUGUUGCAUGCUUGACUUAUAUCAUUUCUUUUCAUGCUCCACCAGGUGAUGGAUCACAAAACUGGGCAGGAAGGUAUGGAGCCCAUCAAGCGCACAGAGAUGGUAGAAGUUGAUGGCAUCCCUUUUCUCAAAAACACAGCAGAUAACUGGCAACGCCUUUGGGCCUUCAAAGCUCGGCCCGAUGACCUUCUCAUUUGCACUUACCCCAAAUCAGGGACUACCUGGAUACAGGAAAUUGUGAGCAUGAUCCAGCAUAGAGGAGACCCUCAGAAAUGUGACCAGGUCCCCAUCCAUCAACGGAUUCCCCUCAUAGACCUGUUCCCUCCAAAACAUUUUCCCCGAGGCCAGUUGUCACCCUCUGGUGUUUCAGGCUUGGAACAAGCAGAGACAAUACCUUCUCCGCGCACACUCAGAUCUCACCUCCCAGUCCAGCUGCUGUCUCCUUCCUUCUGGGAACAGAAUUGUAAGAUCAUCUACGUUGCCAGGAACGCCAAGGAUAACGCAGUCUCCUACUUCCAUUUCUACCACAUGAACAAGGGGAUGCCAGAGCCAGGAAACUGGGACGAGUUUCUGGAGAACUUCCUUGCAGGAAAACUUGCCUGGGGCUCUUGGUUUGACCAUGUUUGUGGCUGGUGGGGAGCCAAGGACCGACACCCAAUUCUGUACCUCUUUUAUGAAGACAUGAAAGAGGAUCCGGCCCGGGAAAUCCGGAAAGUAGCCCAAUUUCUGGGCCUACAACUCCCUGAUCCAGUUGUGAACCAGAUUGUGCAGCAUACAAUGUUUGAGAACAUGAAACUAAACCCAAUGACUAACUACAGCUCCGUACCUUCUUUGAUCUUUGACCAAACUGUGUCACCCUUCAUGCGAAAAGGCACCGUAGGAGACUGGAAGGAGCACUUCACAGUGGCACAAAGUGAGCGGUUUGAUGAUGCCUGUGAACGGUUAUUGGAGGGCAGCAACCUGAUCUUCCGCACACAGUUAUAAGAACAUCUCCCUGCUACCAGUUGAGACUUCCUCCCUAACAUUCCUGGAGCGG